AGCGUGUGAAAAGCUAACCUACAGUGACAGCCGACGUCACUAGUGCUCUAGGGAGGACUCACUCUCGCUUCCUCACUGGUCCAGCUCAGCUGCGCAGUAACAGUGGCUACACGAAGAGGCGCAACUUCGAGGUGAGCACGGGACUGUCAAUUGCUCAUACACUAAAGAUUGGAUUUGAGAAUCUACAAAGUAUGUGGAAGAAGAUGGAAAAUACAAUUGCUAUGUUGCUUUUCUGUAGAAUUACAAUAUUAUUCGCUAUAUAUCUAUAAUAAUUACAUGGUUUCGAGAUUAUGAAGUUAUAUCUGAAUGGAUGGUUUUAAUGUUUUUCCUUAUGAGUCGAUUCCAAUAUUCUGCUAUUCUCCUGUUUUCUAUUUUAAAUGUUCAUUUACCGCGCGAGCACAGUAGUUUGGUUCGUUGGGGACCGUCAAAAUCGCAGACAUGGCAGUUCCAAGUAUGGACUUUUCUGAUGUAGAAAGUUUUCUUGACAAACAUCCUGAACUAUUUGAAGACUAUCUCAACAGGAAAGGAAAACACAGCAUGGUGGAGAAAUGGCUCAAGAAUCACCAGGCAAACAAAACUCAAGUAAACGCCGCCGCGGAUUCGGACAAGUCCCAUGGCAGCAAAGAUAGCUGGGCGAGUAAGGGCGACGGGUUGCAGAGACGAGCCUCGCAGAAGGAACUGAGGAAAACUUUUGCCAGGUCCAAGGCCAUUAACGCGAACAGGACAUAUGAUGAACACGUCAAUUCCAGGGCACAAGAGCCUUUGACAAGUAUGAGGAGAAGAGCUUUGUUGCGAAAAGCCAGCUCACUUCCUCCAACUACUGCUCACAUUUUAAGCGCUCUCCUGGAAUCCAGAGUUAACAUACCUCAGUACCCAUCGACGGCCGUAGAUUUCAAAUAUUAUCUUAAAGAACACAAUGAAAGGGAAUUUUUCCUGGAGCUAGUAAAAGACAUAUCUAACGAUUUGGAUUUAACUAGCCUCAGCUACAAAAUUCUCGUGUUUGUUUGUAUUAUGGUGGACGCAGACCGCUGUUCUUUGUUUUUAGUGGAGGGCACCACGAACAAGAAGACUUUGGUGUCAAAAUUCUUUGAUGUUCACGCGGGCACUACAGUAUUGCCUUCUUUCAAUAACUCGGAUGAGGUACAGGUGCCAUGGGGAAAAGGAAUUAUUGGAUACGUUGCUGAACACGGAGAGACUGUUAAUAUCCCAGAUGCUUAUCAGGACCGGCGCUUCAGCGAUGAGAUUGACAAGCUGACCGGCUACAAGACCAAGUCGCUGCUGUGCAUGCCCAUUCGGAACAGUGAUGGGGAGGUCAUUGGCGUUGCUCAGGCAAUCAACAAAGACCCAGGCGGUGCGCUGUUCACCGAGGAUGAUGAAAAGGUGCUGCAGAUGUACCUGCCUUUCUGCGGGAUCGCCAUCUCCAACGCCCUGCUCUUCGCUGCCUCCAGGAAAGAGUACGACAGAAGCAGGGCCCUGCUGGAAGUGGUGAACGACCUGUUUGAGGAGCAGACAGACCUGGAGAAGAUCGUGCGGAAGAUUAUGCACCGAGCCCAGACUCUGCUGAAGUGUGAGCGCUGCUCAGUGCAACUGCUGGAGGAUAUUGAGUCACCGGUGGUGAAAUUCACGAAGUCCUUUGAACUGUUGUCGCCUAAAUGUAGUGCAGACACCGAGAACAGUUUCAAAGACAGCUUGGAGAAAUCGUCUUAUUCUGACUGGCUUAUCAACAACAGCAUCGCUGAGCUUGUAGCAUCUACCGGUCUUCCUGUGAAUAUCAGCGAUGCGUACCAGGACCCACGCUUUGACGCAGAGGCUGAUCAGUUCUCUGGCUUCCACAUCCGCUCUGUGCUUUGUGUGCCCAUUUGGAACAGCAACCACCAGAUAAUUGGUGUGGCUCAGGUGCUGAACAGACUGGAUGGGAAGCCAUUUGACGACGCGGACCAGAGGCUCUUUGAGGCCUUUGUCAUCUUCUGUGGCCUCGGCAUUAACAACACCAUCAUGUAUGACCAAGUGAAGAAGUCGUGGGCGAAGCAGUCUGUGGCUCUGGAUGUCCUGUCAUACCAUGCCACCUGUUCGAAGACGGAGGUGGACAAAUUCAAGGUAAGGACCACCGGCUUGAAGGAGGCUGCAAACAUCCCCCUUGUUUGUGAACUUGGCAUCGAUAAGUUAUCCUUCGAUGACUUCUCCCUCGAUGUAGACGCCAUGAUAACUGCUGCCCUGCGCAUGUUUAUGGAGCUGGGCAUGGUGCAGAAAUUCAAGAUCGACUACGAGACGCUGUGUAGGUGGCUGCUGACGGUGAGGAAGAACUACCGCAUGGUGCCGUAUCACAACUGGCGGCACGCCUUCAACGUCUGCCAGUGCAUGUUCUCCAUGCUGACUACUGCAGGAUUCCAGGAGACCCUGACUGAAGUGGAGAUUCUGGCUCUGAUCGUGGGCUGCAUCUGCCAUGACCUGGACCACCGCGGCACCAACAACGCUUUCCAGGCCAAAACGGGCUCGGCCCUGUCUCUGCUGUAUGGGACAUCAGCCACCCUGGAACACCACCACUUCAACCAUGCUGUCAUGAUACUGCAAAGCGAGGGUCACAACAUCUUUUCCAACUUGUCCUCCAAAGAGUAUAGUGACCUCAUGCAGCUGCUGAAACAGUCCAUCCUGGCCACUGACCUCACCCUCUACUUUGAGAACCGGAAAGCUUUCUUUGAGAUGGUCAGUAAAGGGGAAUACAACUGGAAUGUGAAGACCCACAGGGAUAUGUGCAGGUCAAUGCUGAUGACUGCAUGUGACCUUGGAGCUGUGACCAAACCCUGGGAAAUAUCCAGAAAGGUGGCGGAGCUGGUGACCAGCGAGUUCUUCGAACAGGGCGACAGAGAGCGGUCAGAACUGAAGCUCACCCCUUCUGCCAUCUUUGACCGGAACCGGAAGGAUGAGCUCCCUGGCCUGCAGCUGGAAUGGAUUGAUGGGAUAUGCGCCCCUCUAUAUGAGACUCUGGUGAAACUGAACCCAAAACUGCAGCCAAUGGUAGACCUGAUCCAGGAGAACCGGGCGAAGUGGGAGGAGCUAAACAGGGAGCGGCAGCGCAGCCAGGAGUCGACCGCGCCUGCCAGCAGCGGUGCCAGGAAAGCCGUGGCAGACCCCAGCAGCGCUGCCAGGAAAGCCGUGGCAGACCCCAGCAGCGGUGCCAGGAAAGCCGUGGCAGACCCCAGCAGCGGUGCCAGGAAAGCCGCGGCAGACCCCAGCAGCGGCGCAGAGAGCCACGGCGGGGCUCCCUGUGAUAGCGGUCCCCCCGAAAACACCAGCUAGCUCCCGCCAGUCCUUCGCGGGGCUCCGCAAGCUGCCCCUUAGCUUCUGUCCACUAACACGUGGCCUGCAGCGACAGGCUGAGCAGUGCAUGCAGGGCUUCUGUGCUCUGCUUUAGCUUUCGAUACCCGCGGCCGAGAAUUUUCUGCUGGAUCGCGCGUUUAGAUGGACGCCAAGGUCGAAGUUUUUGUGUUCCUCUCAUGCCCCCUCCACUCCCCACCCCCCACUCAUUGGGAGUCUGGGCCUAGCGCCGCUGGGUUAGCUUGCACACCUGCUUUGUGCAUUUAGUUAUCAGGUAAAAGUUAGAAUCUCGGAGCUGGUAUUUAUAGGGAAAACAAAAACACGAGAACCACAGUCUCCUGGCUUUUUUCCCGAAAUGCGUUUGUGUGAGGAGAGUGCCACCUCACUAUAAGAGAAGGGGGAUAGUAAAGAGCAGCUGGAAUCGUAGGCCACUCUUUGUCCAUGCUAACUCCCCACAAGUUUGGGGCUGUAGUCACGUGACCCUCUUCGUGUUGCUUUGAGUAACCUAUUUGUCGCAGGAAUGUUACAGGGACUCUUGUUAAUUUUGUAGUGUACAUAUCUAUUUUUACACAAAUGGAAUAUGCAAGUGCCAUUUCAUAUCAGUUUUAGCUUGUUGGCUUUGGUUACCCGUGGUUAAUGAAGUGUUUCUUUGGCUCGGUUGGCUUGUGUCAGUGCUGUGGGGAUCAGGGGUUGUGGGGUGGACUUGUUACCAGGCGUUUCUUGUGCUGAAAAUCGAGAGCCCCCUGUUUGUGGAUCCUUAUGCAUGAAACUUUUCACCACGAAUCAUUAUCCUGACAUUCUUCACUAAACCGAUGAGAGAUAGCAGUUGGACAUCAGCAUGGUGUCCUAGGUUACAUUCCCUUUUUGAAAUCUGUUUUUGUUCACCCCUGUGUAAACCCUAUUGUGAUGCCUUUUACACAUUAACGCUUGAUUCAUGUGACCAAGAAUGCGAGUGUAUAGACAAAGACAGUAAUCUGUGCUCUUGCAUAAUUCAAAGAGAUGGUACCAUAAAACAACACCCUCAGGACUACGGGCUGACUACCGAGUAACGACGGUGUCUCUUCUGCCCCGUAAUGACAAGGACCGCCCCAUACUCCCAAAUGACUGCCGGCUCCUCCCACAUGCAGCGAUAACUCAUUUUGGGUUCAGAACGAUAUUGAUUUCCUCUCGGCGGAGGCCGGGGACCCCGAGCCUGAUUAUAUUACUGCUGAACGGCAGCGGUUAUCAGGGUGUAAAUUAAAGCGAGGCCUGCUGUCAGUGCAGAUGCUGGAGGAAUUUCAGCAGCUAUUAUGCGAUCCGUAGUUCCCUAAUUCAGCGAUUUAGCCGCGUUAAACGUUAUUCCCGAAUGAACUCGCUGCUGACGCUUAGCCGAUUUUAAAGAAGCAAACAAGUAAAAAAAUAGUAAUAAUAAUUGAUGCAAAUUUCUUGUAAAACAAAAUCUGACUCAAAGAUAUGAAGUCUCCAAGAUCAUUCACAUCAUCCACAUCCACGUUUAGUUGCGAUAUAUUUCCCUCUUUUUAAAAACAAGCCUUUUUGAUUGGGCAAUCUACUGUUAUGACUCAACAGCAUGCGUAUUUGUUUGCACAUUUUGAUCUAGUUUUCAUAAUCAUGUUGUCACAGCAGAAAUUGGAAGUAAUUUGGUCACUGUGGUCGUCGUGUGGCAUGAAUCUUUGUUCUCUUGGGGGUCAAAAUUAAAGCCUGACUGACCACCAGAAGAUUUCGAUUGCAUGGGGUGUGAGGUUAAACCAACUACUGUUAAGUAUAAAGACCAACAAUGAGCAGCACCAGUAAACCAAAUGGUUUGUUAUCUGCAGCUUCAUCUCCAUGAAAACAUUCCUCAGUCAGUUUACCUUGGAAUGGAACUGCAUGGUAUAUUAAUGCAUUGUAAUGGAUGGAGUAUUAAUGCAAAGAAUUAAUUAUGUUUUCCCGUUAUGUUUCAAAUUUGUGACUUAAUACAUAUUCUUUUGCAUUGUACGACUACUGAGUCUGUACGUGUAAUCAUCAUUUCUUCUCAAUGCCAUGACUUACUGUAGGUUGUUCAUUUGUCACAGAGGUGAAACAAACGGGUCUUUAGAGGCAUGUUAUCUGGAAAUCUACAAUGUUUUGUUAAGUUGAAUAAAAUCUGUGCUUAAAAUUGUA